CUCUUUUUGUUUUAUCUUUUUAUUGCCUCGUGUCCUGCAUGAACACAGAGGGAUUGGAGAAGUCCUGCGGAAACCCCCAAGCUGCCACAGCAGGAUGCCCAGGAGAAAACAACAAGCACCCAGGCGCUCUGCAGCAUACGUUCCUGCGGAGGAAUUAAAGGCAGCUGAAAUUGAUGAAGAUAAUGUAGAAGAUGAUGGGCUUUCGUUGGAUGUCCAAGACAGUGAAUAUUUAUUCAAUGAGGAACCAGACAACAAAGAGACUCACAGCUAUCAAAAUUCUCCUGUCAGUAGUGCAACUAAUCAGGAUGCUGGCUAUGGUUCACCCUUUAGUGAAGCAAGUGAUCAUCUUGCAGAUUUUAAAAGUACUUCCUCUAAGGAUGGGCAAGACAGGGAAGACAGCCAGAAUGUGGACAACACAUCUUACCCUCAGGACAGCUUGGCACAAAUCAAAGCAGUCUAUACAAAUUUGCUUUCUGAGUGCAGUUGGUCUACUCUGGCUUUAGAUCUGAAAAAAUCAAACUCCAGUCCCAAUGCAAGUCAACAGAGUAGUACAACUAACAGCACUAGUAGUCACAACGGUCCUGGGUAUGACUGGCACCAGGCAGCCCUGGCAAAGACUUUACAGCAAACAUCAUAUGGACUUUUGCCAGAACCCAGCUUGUUUAGCACAGUGCAGCUUUAUCGACAGAACAAUAAACUGUAUGGGUCUGUGUUUACUGGUGCCAGCAAGUUUCGAUGCAAAGAUUGCAGUGGAGCCUAUGACACACUGGUUGAACUGACUGUGCACAUGAAUGAAACGGGUCAUUAUCGUGAUGACAACAGAGACAGAAAUUAUGAUCGGACAAGACGCUGGUCUAAACCUAGAAAGAGAUCACUUAUGGAGAUGGAAGGGAAGGAAGAUGCACAGAAAGUCUUGAAAUGCAUGUACUGUGGACAUUCCUUUGAGUCUUUGCAAGACCUAAGUGUUCACAUGAUUAAAACGAAGCAUUACCAAAAAGUGCCUCUGAAAGAGCCAGUACCCGCCAUCACAAAAUUGGUCCCCUCAAUGAAAAAACGGGCUCUUCAGGAUAUUGUUUCACCUGAUUCCCCUGAACAAGCAGGAAUCUCCCCAGGGGCCAUUGCAAGUGAUAAUACAAAGGACCCAAAAACUGCCAAUCCAUACGUGACCCCUAACAACAGAUAUGGAUAUCAAAAUGGUGCUAGUUACACAUGGCAGUUUGAGGCACGCAAGGCUCAAAUUCUAAAGUGUAUGGAGUGUGGUAGCUCUCAUGACACUUUGCAGCAGCUGACUGCUCAUAUGAUGGUAACCGGACAUUUCUUGAAAGUGACCAGUUCUGCAUCAAAGAAAGGCAAACAGCUUGUCAUGGAUGCAGUGGUGGAAGAAAAAAUUCAGUCAAUACCUUUGCCACCAACUACACAUGCAAGGCUACCAGCAUCUUAUAUAAAAAAACAACCAGACUCACCAACUACAUCUCCACUUUCUGAAGACAGAAAAGAUAUUGAAAAGGAGAAGGCAACCAGUCCAGAGCCAGAGAUGAAGAUUAAAGAAGAAAAUGAAGACUCUGAAAAAACUGAGCCUGCAACCUCUUACCAGUACCUCAGAGAAGAAGAUUUAGAUGACAGUCCUAAAGGCGGCCUGGAUAUUUUAAAAUCACUGGAAAAUACAGUGUCCUCAGCAAUCAGUAAAGCUCAGAAUGGAACACCAUCAUGGGGAGGGUAUCCUAGUAUCCAUGCUGCUUAUCAGUUACCAGGAACUGUAAAAACACUACAGCCAACUGUACAGAGUGUUCAGAUGCAGCCUUCUUAUGCCAGCAGUGUCAAAUCAAUGUCAUCUGAUCACAAUGCUUUGAUUCACUCUCCUGGAAGUUUAACCCCUCCGCCUCACAAAAGCAAUGUCUCUGCAAUGGAAGAAUUAGUUGAGAAGGUGACUGGAAAAAUCAAUAUAAAGAAAGAUGAAAAACCAGUAGAGAAAGAAAGGGUAAGUCCAGUCAAGCCAACAUCUCCAGUGGCAAAAGAAAACAAAGACAUUCUUAAAUCCGAGGAAGCUAACUCUAAAGUUAUAAAGAAAAAUGUAGAGGCUGAAAGUCCAAGGGCACCAAAGGCAAAAAAAGACGUUCCAUUGGAGCCACAUACACCAAAUGGAACAGAGCCUCUUAAAGCAAAAGUUACUAAUGGAUGCAACAGCUUAGGAAUUAUUACCGACCACUCAUCUGAGCCAUCAUUUAUUAAUCCACUGAGUGCAUUGCAGUCUAUAAUGAAUACUCAUUUAGGAAAAGUCUCAAAACCCAUUAGUCCAUCUUUGGAUCCUUUGGCAAUGUUAUACAAAAUUAGCAAUAGCAUGUUGGACAAACCAGUCUACCCGACUACUCCUGUCAAACAAGUAGAUUCUAAUGAUCGGUACUACUAUGAGAACAGUGAUCAGCCAAUUGAUUUGACAAAAUCUAAAAACAAACCUCUUGUCACGAGUAUGACAGACCCUGUUUCCCCUCCUCUUAGAGAAAGCGCACUGAUGGAUAUUUCUGACAUGGUCAAAAACCUCACGGGACGCUUGACACCCAAGUCAUCUACACCAUCUACUGUAUCUGAAAAGUCAGAUGCAGAUGGCAGCAGUUUUGAAGAGGCAUUGGAUGAAUUGUCACCAGUGCAUAAAAGAAAGGGUAGACAGUCCAACUGGAAUCCUCAACAUCUUCUCAUACUUCAGGCCCAGUUUGCAUCAAGCUUACGGGAAACACCUGAAGGCAAAUAUAUAAUGUCAGACUUGGGACCUCAAGAACGGGUGCAUAUUUCUAAAUUUACUGGUCUUUCAAUGACCACAAUUAGCCACUGGCUGGCCAAUGUCAAAUAUCAGUUGAGGAGGACAGGAGGUACAAAAUUUUUAAAGAAUUUGGACACAGGACAUCCUGUUUUCUUUUGCAAUGAUUGUGCCUCUCAGUUCCGGACUGCUUCAACAUAUAUAAGUCAUUUAGAGACACAUUUAGGCUUUAGCUUAAAGGAUCUUUCAAAGAUUUCUCUCAGUCAGAUUCAAGAACAACAGAAUGUUUCAAAAGCUAUCACAAAUAAGGCUUUAAACUCAAUAGGUCUUAUUGACGAGGACUCGGGCUCCACAUUCCAGUGUAAGCUUUGCAACAGGACUUUUGCAAGCAAACACGCAGUUAAACUGCACCUUAGUAAAACACAUGGAAAGUCCCCAGAGGACCAUGUAAUAUAUGUAAGUGAAAUAGAAAAACAGUAACAUCCAGUUAUGCAGCCAGGUAUGCAAGUGACCACAAGAACAUUGCACUAAACAUAUUCAUAAUACUGCACUAGGCCUGACCUGAGCCUCUGAAAUCAGUCUUAUUUUUUGUUGCUGAACUGACUAUCUGGAAUUUUUUUUUUCUUACACAUAUUUUAUAUUUAUAUUUAUAUUAUUUGUCUGAUUUGUGCAUGUUUUCUUUUUUUUUUUUUUUGUGAGUCAAUGUCUGACCUUUAAUUUUCAACAUCUGUUCUUGAUGUUAAGCUAUCUUUUGUAGAAUGUAGUGGGAGACACCAUUGAGAGACAUUAAUUUAACCACAAAGCAACACAAAGAACAAUGACAAAAAAACAAACAUCCUAAAAUUAACACGUUGCCAUGACAAUAAAGGUUGGAAAAUCUAGUGGCGUCAAGUUAACCCUUUGAGCACUGCCAUAGCAUUUCUGUGCCUUUUCAUAUUAAAAAAAAAACAUAUUUAACUAAAGUCUAUACAAUUCAAACAUUUAAAAAUUAAAAUAUAUUAGUUUAAAAAUAAUGCAGAACAUAAAACAAAUUAUGCAUGCAGCCCUGGGAUGAAGGAGGAACGCUAUAUAGUACUCUUAGGGUUACAAUGCCACAUAUGUAAAAAAAAAAAAUGAAAUAGUAAAUAAUAGUACAAAACGAAGAACAAGAUAGAAUAUAUAUCAUAUAUACUGUACCAUUAAGUGAGAGAUGUCAGAAUGGAAAAAAAAAUGAUGUUUCACUUGGGCAGAAUUCUGUAUGCCAAUAUGUUAUUUACAUGUGUAGAAACUAUUUCUUGUUUUACAAGAUGAAUAUUACAGUUUAUAAUUAUUUGCCAAUGUAAGCUUUGGUACAAGCUUAUGAGUUCCUACAGCAGUGCUGCAUUUUGAUCUCUUUUGCUACCAGCAGGUUAACCAUUUUGAGCAUCAGAGGUUAUCUUAACCACUUGAGCAGUCAGGCAUCCAAGGGUUUAAAUUUAUACUUCACAGGUCCUUCUGGUGGACAAAAUAAUAGAACAGCCUGGGACAAAUAUUGGAUUCUGUUUCCUGUAAAUAUAAGAUAAUAAUUUAAGAAUACAUGUUACAAUAUACCAUUUGAAACAGUUCUGCUUUCUUUGUACCUUCUGGCUGUAUGCUUUCACUUUGAACUUUUAUAUUGUCAUUUUAUAUUCAAUUCCUAUGUAUAUAAAAUGUAU